AUGCUAAUUACUGAGACAUUUGAAGACGUUGACACGAGUUAUGGCACCAAAUUGCGUGUUCACAUCAUCACACCUAAGAUCCAUGGUUAUCCAAAGGCUAAGUUUCCUGGUGUUAUAGUAUACAGUGAAAUUUACCAAGUUACAGGACCUGUUCGUAGGUUUGGACAACAGAUUGCAUCUAACGGUUAUGUGGUAGUCCUUCCAUCUGUUUAUCACAAUUUCGUCGGCCCAGAACCAUUGGCGUACGAUGCUGAGGGUACUGAUAUCGGUAACGAAUACAAGAUAAAGAAACCUUUAGAGUCCUACGAUGAAGACAACAAAAUUUGUUGCGAUUUGCUGUACAGACUACCUCAGUUCAAUGGGAAGGGAAUUGGUGCAACGGGGAUGUGUCUUGGAGGCCACUUGGCGUUCAGAUCGUUACUAGACAGACGGGUUAGUUGUGCAACAUGCUUUUUUCCCACUGACAUUCACAGUCGUACAUUAGGUUUAAACAAGAACGAUGACUCUCUCGAGCGGAUAUGCAAGGAAGUUUCUGCAUCCCAAGAGCUAGUUUUGAUCUUUGGCACCUGGGACACUCAUGUGCCUCCUGAAGGUCGUGAUCUUAUUCGCGCCAAACUUAGGGAACACGACGUCGCCACAACAUUUAUGGAAUUGCAUGCAGCUCAACAUGCGUUCAUUAGAGAUGAAUUCUCAAAGGGUAGAUUCGACUCAGCUAUCACGACAAGUUGUCUAGGAUUUAUGUUCGAGCAAUUCAACAGGAAACUUCAACAGGAUUUGGGGCCACAUGACUGUGAAGGGGAGAGUAUCGAGCAUUUUUGUUGA